AUGCAGACCUCCGUCUUUCUCCUUUUGUCCCAAAUCCUCCUCCUGUCCCUCCUCACCCCCACCUGCUCUUCCCAGAGCGAGGCGGACUUCACCGUUCAGACGCGUAGCGGUCGAGUCCGAGGCAUCCGCAUGCCGGUGCCGGACCGAAGCUACGUCACCUCCUUCCUGGGCAUCCCCUUCGGCGAGCCACCGGUAGGGAAGCGGCGUUUCCGCCGUGCUGAGCCCAAGCGUCCAUGGACGGGGGUGUACGAGGCCAACGCCUACCCCAACGCCUGCUACCAGUUCGUGGACACAUCGUUCCCCGGCUUCCAGGGCAGCGAGAUGUGGAACCCCAACAGAGAGAUGAGCGAGGACUGCCUGUACCUCAAUGUCUGGGUGCCCUCCUCGCCCAGGCCGCACAAUCUCACAGUCAUGGUGUGGAUUUACGGCGGAGGGUUCUACAGUGGUUCCUCUUCUCUGGAUGUGUAUGAUGGCCGCUACCUAGCUCACAGUGAGACGGUUAUUGUGGUCUCCAUGAACUACCGGAUCGGUGCCUUCGGCUUCCUCGCUCUGCAUGGCUCCUCUGAGGCUCCGGGCAACGUGGGUCUGCUGGACCAGAGGAUGGCACUGCAGUGGGUCCAGGACAACAUCCAUUUCUUUGGCGGAAACCCCAAACAGGUGACUAUCUUUGGUGAGAGUGCGGGUGGUGCUUCAGUAGGGUUCCACCUCUUGUCUCCAGACAGCCGGCCCACCUUCACCAGGGCCAUCCUCCAGAGCGGGGUCCCCAACUGUCCCUGGGCCUCCGUAAGCCCCACUGAGGCACGCAGACGGGCAACGCUGCUGGGCAAACUGGUCGGCUGCAACGGAGGCAACGACACAGAGAUGGUGGACUGUCUGCGCGUUAAAACCCCCCAGGAGCUCAUCGACCAGGAGUGGCAGGUCCUGCCGUUGUCAGCCCUCUUCCGGUUUUCCUUCGUCCCCGUCGUGGACGGAGAGGUUCUGCCUGACACUCCCGAGGCCAUGCUCAACUCGGGGAACUUUAAAGACACUCAGAUCCUGCUCGGGGUCAAUCAGGACGAGGGCUCCUACUUUCUGCUGUACGGCGCCCCGGGCUUCAGCAAGGACAACGAGAGCCUGAUCUCCAGAGAGGACUUCCUGGAAGGGGUCAAGCUGAGCGUGCCGCACGCCAAUGAUAUUGGCCUGGAGGCGGUGGUGCUGCAGUACACCGACUGGAUGGACGAGAAUAACGGGGUGAAAAACCGCGACGCCAUGGACGACGUCGUGGGCGACCAUAACGUCAUCUGCCCGCUGGCCCACUUCGCUCGCUCCUACGCCCAGCACAGCGCCCUCAAGGCCAACACGGGAGGGGUGGUGAACAGCGGAGGGAACUCUCAAGGAGGGGUCUACCUCUACCUGUUCGACCACCGAGCGUCCAACCUGGCCUGGCCGGAGUGGAUGGGCGUGAUCCAUGGCUACGAGAUCGAGUUCGUCUUCGGCCUGCCACUGGAGAAGAGACUCAACUACACCUUAGAGGAGGAGAAACUGAGUCAACGAAUGAUGAGAUACUGGGCCAACUUUGCACGAACUGGAAAUCCCAAUGUGAACCAUGACGGUCUGGUGGACAGCAAGAAGCGCUGGCCUCUGUUCACCGUCAGCGAGCAGAAGCACGUCGGGCUCAACACCGAACCAAUGAAGGUCCACAAAGGUCUGAGGAACCAGAUGUGCGCAUUCUGGAACCGCUUCCUGCCACGCCUCCUCAACAUCACUGACAACAUAGACGAGGCAGAGCGUCAGUGGAAGGUGGAGUUCCACCGCUGGUCCUCCUACAUGAUGCACUGGAAGAGUCAGUUUGACCACUACAGCAAGCAGGAGCGCUGCACCGACCUCUAA